UAAAUUGGUUAAAUAAGUUUUAUGAGUGAUUAACUUUAAUACUUAUUCAGUGAUAGCGCUUUCCAACCUUCAGCCAUUGCUCCAUCCUGUAGUGUGCGGUAGCUACUUUUUGGACACCAAUUCAAAUAUCAGUAAUCACUGAACUAAGAAUCUAGCUUUUUCAACUUUUUCAUGGAAUCAAAUGACACAGAAUUAAAGGGGCACGCAUGUCAUUACCGUGAAUUCAACGAGCCAGCAAACCCAACCAGUUCAUUGCUGAUGUUCUUAGCGGGCGUAAUUGGGAAUGUGAUUGCUUUAGUGCUGUUGGAGACCCGUCGAAGGAAGAAACGCUGUAGCGAUCGUCAGUCUCUCUUCCGUGUUUUGGUAACAGCGCUUGUGGUCACAGAUCUUAUGGGAACAUGCGCCGUCAGCCCCGUCGUUCUCGCCUCGUAUGCGAGUAAUACAACAGUGAUUGCCCUGGGUAACAAUGGAGUCCUAUGCAAGUACUUUGGAUUCAGUAUGACCUUCUUCAGUCUGGCAACUUUGUCCAUCCUUUUAGUAAUGGCUUUGGAGCGCUGCUUCUCAAUAGGUUACCCGUACGUUUACGAGAGACAUUUCGGCAGGCGAUGUGGGUACAUCUCCGUGCCAUCAAUUUAUGUUAUUUGUAUCAUGUUCAGCGUCUUGCCUUUUCUGGGUAUUGGGAAUUACGUUCAGUACUGCCCAGGCACGUGGUGUUUCAUUGAUAUGAAACCAGUGGAGCUGGCGGAUAUGGUUUACUCCAAUUUGUACGCAACUGUAAUGCUCCUACUCAUCUGCUCUAUAGUUGUUUGCAACGUAUUUGUCAUCUGUCAGCUUGUCCUCAUGUACCGACGGCACAAAGGCACCGAGAGGUCCUCAGUGAGAGGAAGCAGGAAUUAUCGGGUAUUCUCCAUGACAGAAGAAGUUGAACACCUUCUCUUCCUUGUUUUCAUGACCGCAGCAUUCGUAAUUUGCUCUCUUCCACUAAUGAUCAAUGUGUACAUCCAUACCAUCGGCCAGAUGAAUGAGAGUCUGAAGAUUGACCUCGUCACCCUGCGCUUACUGUCUGUCAACCCCAUCAUUGAUCCCUGGGUCUUCAUUAUCCUCGGCCCUUCAGGACUGCGCUUCCUGAGGGGGGCACUUUGCACAUCGCACCCCACUCCCUCGCAAACAGUUGCACCUGCCCAACUUGAGCUCUGCCAGAGGAGUCUCCCCACAGAGCUGAGAAAACCUCGGAGUCCAGACAAAAACUGAGCAUAAGGACAGGAAAUAAGGCGGGGUCACUUGGGAAGUUCCCAAGCUGAUGUGUCUACUUUUCUUGUUGCUUUUUUCUUGAACUAAAUUUUAUUCUCCAUUUGUCUUUCUGUCUCCCAAUUUGUAAUUGUAAUUGUAAGCCUGUCCCAUUGAUGCAGAAUCUUUGUCAAUAUGGCAUAAUUGCACAUUAUAAUGCACAUGCUCUGAAAAUUAGAGCAUCGAGCCCCAACUCUGUAAUCCACCAAUCUACGCAUGAUGAACUGAGAGACCCUACGCAGUAACUGUGAGCAUAUGUCUGUAGUAGAAGUGGCUAUGUUAAUGUUAGUCCUGAAAACAAAUCAUAUUGCUCAUUAAAUGACUGCCAAAUUUAACCUGGAGGUUCAACAGCUCUGUUGUUGUCUUACAUGUUAAUGUUGCAUUGAACAUGGUUUAAUUGACAGGUUACGGGCACUUCAUACACGAACAGAUAGUGUUGCUUAUGAAUGAAUGUGGCCACCUUUGCAAAAUAAAAAACUAAAUGAUA